AUGAGUUACAUGUUAAACCCAACAAUUAUCCUUCUCAAAGAAGGAACAGAUACUAGUCAAGGAAAAGGACAAAUUAUUAGUAAUAUUAAUGCAUGUCAAGCAAUUGCUGAUAUUGUUAAAACUACUCUUGGACCACGAGGAAUGGACAAGUUAUUUAUUGAAAAUGGGAAAAUACUUGUAACUAAUGAUGGGGCAACAGUAAUGAAAAAUUUGGAUAUUGUUCAUCCAGCAGCUAAAGCUUUAGUUGAUAUAGCAAUGGCACAAGACUCAGAAGUUGGAGAUGGAACUACUACUGUAGUAGUUCUUGCAGGAGAAUUACUUUCACAAGCCAAGAAAUUAAUUGAAGAUGGUAUUCAUCCACAAGUUAUUAUUAAGGGAUAUCGUAUGGCAUCAAAUAAAGCUAGAGAAGUAGUUAAUACAAUGAAAAUUGAUUUUGAUAAAAAAGAUUUAAUGGAAUAUUUAAAAAAUUGUGCCAAAACAUCAAUGCAAAGUAAAUUAAUUGCUAUGCAAAGAGAACAUUUUACUAAUAUUGUUGUUCAAAGUGUUAUGCACUUAGAUGAUAAAUUAGAUAUUGAUAUGAUUGGAAUUAAAAAAGAACAAGGAGGAUCAUUAGAAGAUUCAUUUACAUUAGAAGGAGUUGCUUUUAAGAAAUGUUUUAGUUAUGCUGGAUUUGAACAACAACCAAAAUUGUUUUAUAAACCAAAGAUAUUAUGUUUAAAUAUUGAAUUAGAAUUAAAGAAAGAAAAAGAUAAUGCAGAAGUACGUAUUGAUGACCCUACUCAAUAUCAAAAAAUUGUUGAUGCAGAAUGGUCUAUUCUUUAUGAAAAAUUAGAAAACAUAGUUAAGUCAGGAGCAAAUAUUGUUUUAUCUAAAUUACCUAUUGGUGACCUUGCUACUCAGUACUUCGCUGAUAGAAAAAUCUUUUGUGCUGGUAGAGUUGAAGAAGAUGAUAUGAAAAGAGUUUGUCUUGCUACAGGAGCUCAAAUACAAACUACUGUUUCAGAGUUAAAUGAUAGAAAAGAAAGAUAUAAUUUAUUUAGUGGAUGUACUGCUGCAAAAAGUUCUACUAUAAUUUUAAGAGGAGGAGGAGAACAUUUCAUUGAUGAGGCAGAACGAUCAUUACAUGAUGCUAUUAUGAUUGUCAGAAGGGCUUUGAAACAUAAACAAAUGGUUACAGGAGGAGGUGCUGUUGAAAUGGAAAUUUCAAGACAAUUAAAAGAAUAUGCAAUGACUAUUGAAGGUAAAAUUCAAUACGUCAUUCUUGGAUAUGCUAAAGCAUUCGAAGGCAUCCCAAGGCAAUUGGCUGAUAAUGCUGGAUUUGAUCCAACAAAUAUCCUUAAUUUAUUAAGAAAAAAACAUGCAGAAGGAGGUUUAUGGUAUGGUGUCAAUGUUAAUGAAGAAGGUAUUCUUGAUAUGAUGGAGGCUCAAGUUUGGGAACCUGCUUUAAUAAAAUUAAAUGCUAUUGCUGCUGCUACUGAAGCUGCUUCAUUAAUUAUUUCAAUUGAUGAAACUAUUAAAGCCCCAGAGCAUACUCAAGGAUAA